CACCCGGCAGCGGGUUCGGGUCCAGAGUCGCUGAGGCUCCUGAAGGCCCCGCCGGGACUUGUGGCCGCCGGGGGCGGGCGUGCGGGAGACACGCCCCCGGGAGAGGCCUCUGGGUCAGCGGCGGCGCGCGGGAGCAGAGCGGGAGCGGCGGCGCGCAGUGGCUGGUUGGAGAUGGGGUCCCAGGUGUCUGUGGACAAUGGAGCUCUGCAUGUGGUGAUUGUGGGCGGGGGCUUUGGUGGGAUCAUGGCAGCCAGCCGGCUCCAGGCGCUGAACAUCCCCUUCAUGCUGGUGGACAUGAAAGACUGCUUCCAUCACAACGUGGCUGCCCUUCGGGCCUCCGUGGAGAGUGGGUUUGCCAAGAAGACAUUCAUUUCCUACUCAGUGACCUUCAAGGACAACUUCCGGCAGGGCAUGGUGGUGGACAUAGACCUGAAGAAUCAGAUGGUGCUGCUGAAGAAUGGUGAGGCCCUGCCCUUCUCACAUCUUAUCCUGGCUACAGGGAGCACUGGGCCCUUCCCGGGCAAGUUUAAUGCUGUUUCCAGUCAGCAGGCCGCCAUUCAGACCUAUGAAGACAUGGUGAAGCAGGUCCAGAGAUCCCAGUUCAUCACAGUGGUGGGAGGAGGCUCAGCGGGAGUGGAGAUGGCCGCCGAGAUUAAGACAGAAUAUCCCGAGAAGGAGGUUACCCUCAUUCAUUCCAGUGUGGCUCUGGCCGACAAGGAGCUGUUGCCCUGUGUCCGGCAGGAAGUCAAGGAGAUCCUGGUCCGGAAAGGCGUGCAGCUGCUGUUGAGUGAGCGAGUGAGCAAUCUGGAUGAGCUGCCUUGCAAUCAGUAUCGAGAGUACAUCAAAGUACAGACAGACAAAGGCACGGAGGUGGCCUCCAACCUGGUGAUUGUCUGCAACGGGGUCAAGAUCAACAGCUCUGCCUACAGCCGUGCAUUUGAUAGCCGCCUGGCCAGCAGUGGUGCCCUGAGAGUGAACGAGUAUCUGCAGGUGGAGGGCUUCAGCAACAUCUAUGCCAUUGGAGACUGUGCAGACCUGAAGGAGCCCAAGAUGGCCUACCACGCCAACCUCCAUGCCAACAUUGCUGUGGCCAACAUCCUCAACUCCCUGAAGCAGAGGCCCCUCAAAGCCUACAAGCCUGGUGGGCUGACAUUCCUGCUCUCCAUGGGCAGAAACGACGGUGUGGGCCAAAUCAGUGGCUUCUACGUGGGGCGGCUCAUGGUCCGGCUGGCCAAGAGCCGGGACCUGCUCGUCUACACAAGCUGGAAAACCAUGCAGCAGUCUCCACCCUGAGGGGCCGCCUGGCAGGACAGGAGGCACUGUCGCUGAGAACUGAGCGCUCACCAGAUGCUACCCACCUGACAAGUGCUUUUCUGAAGUACCAUGCCAAUGAUGUAUUGAUAAGAAACAACCUGUAAAACCAAAGUGUGAGAGAGAGAUUUUUAUCAAAAUAAUGUUGCCUCUUAGACCAUUCUUUCAGGAUUUGGAACGGUCCCUUGCAGCUGUGCUGGCUGAGUGGCUCACUGGCUCUGGGAGGGCUUAGCCAGUCUUCUCUCCCCAGGGCUGCUCUUGAAUGUGUUUGUGUGGGGCUCUCAGGGAGGGAGAUCGUGGUCUCAGAGAACCUGCCUCUAGAGGCCGGCAGGGGAGGCAAGCUGGUAAGGAGACCUCGCCCUCCCCCAUGGGGUGGGGUUGCACAUGUAUCCUGCAACACUCAGAUUGUUAAGAGGAGCCCACUUUGUAACCCCUUAGCCCUUCAGAUCUUUAGCUGUCUAUAUUUCCAUGCUCAGAUCCUGGUUAUACACCAUAGUUGUCCUUUAAGAAGAACUAGAGAACAUGUCCCCGAAAUUUUACGGAACUGACAGGGGUUAACUGUGAAGCCGGGCCUGCUGGCUUGGAGCUAAGGGGAAGAAAUUGAGCAAAUGUGUCCCUUGGGUGAUUUGACAUCAAGCUAGCACUCAGGGUAUGAGGAAGGGUAGGGGGGUAUCAGAAGGUGAACCCCUUAUAUGCUUCCAGGUUGCUGUCGUGGGAAAAUCUGUUAAGUGACAAAAUUCCAGCUGAUGCUAGUGGUUGGGGAGGGCUGUCUUGUUUGAAACUGCGUAGUUUUGUGCCAGCACAAAAACUAGCCAGCACUAAUGCUACUUACCAGGAGGUGGGUAGCCACAUAGCAACUGGUACCUUCUACCGUCUAGGUUAAGGUUUAUUGGUUAAUAAUGACAUUGUUUGGGAGAGACCUUCCAAGCAGGAGGAGGUUGUUUGGGGCCACACAGGUUAAAUCCCUGUAGUGGAAGUGUUUGGUGAGUUCAUCUUGAAUAAAGCUGAACCUUGGCCUUGCUUGUCCUGUCCACUUUUGAUGGUGGCUUCUGGGCUCUUGGCCAGUGCCUCUGGACACAAGCCUUUCUGGGCUUCUCAAUUCAUCCCAUCCAGCUAUGUGUACAGGCCUGUCCCAUUCUGGUGCUGAAUCCUGACAGAGGUGUUAGUCCCUCUCCCAGAGGACAGUCACACCCCUCCCCACAAGGCUUUGCCUAGGACUUCUAUCAUGUGGCCCCAGGCCCAUGAGGCUCCCUUCUGGAAGCAGAAUUAGUGCUGGUGAGAUGAGGUCACUCUGGUGCUUGGGGCUGGGCACAGUGGGAGUCUCAGCCCAUUCUACUGAUAACAUUUGAGAAACAUCAACCCGUAAGAACACUGUUUUCCAGUUGAGAAAAAUGUUGCAAUAAAAGAAUAUCUUGUAAGAAAGA